AUGCAGGUCGUAGACGACCGGGUGGUGGUGGAGACCGUCCUGGAUCAGCCCCUGGGGGCUCUGCGGGACGUCUCCUACCAGCUGUACUGCGGCGACGAAAUCCUAGAGUCCGCCUUCGAACAGCGGCCGGACAAGCUUUGCGUCCCUCGGCAGCUCGCGGAGUUGAUGCGGCUGCCGCUGCAGGAGGCCCCGAUGUUCUACGUGGACUGCCAGGGCCGCCUGCUGGACAAGUACGAGCCUACCGUCAAGGAGCAGCGGGCCGUGGCCUUCACGAGCUGGAAUGGCCACGCCUUCUUCUACAAAUCCGCCCGCACCGUCGCGAAGUGCGAGCCGAUCGGGGAGCGGGCCAGGUACCGGGGCGAGAGGAAGCCAGGCGAAACGCCCGAGUUCAAGGAUUGGCGGGAGUGGGAGGGCGAGGUCUUCUACGCUGAAGACCUGGAGCAGGUCCGGAGGGAGCUCCUGGCCGAGGGGCACUGCCCGAAGGUGGUCAUGCGAAGCAUGAGCGAGUGGCGGUGCCUGCGGCUGAGGGUGCGGGGCGGCGAGGACUGUGUCAUCUCCGCCUUCCACGAAGACCUGGAUGUGCUGCAGGCCUGGAUGGGGCGGCUGGGGCUCCCCUAUUGCGGGCAGCGUCUGGCGGGCGCCGCAAGCGAGGUCUUCCUUCACCUUCUCAAGGCCCGCCGCGAUCCGCCCGGAUCUCGGCAAGCCCUGCUCGCGGAGCAGGACCACCAGUGCAAGCUCUGCGCGGCCCCCAUCACCGCAACCACGUGCGAGUUGGACCACAUCAUCCCCGUGCACCAGCCCUUCGCCGCACAGGCCCAGAACCUCCAGGCACUGUGCCUCGAGUGCCACCGGAACAAAACGGCCCUGGAGUCCUCGCACGCCACGACACUGGAGUCGCGCUUCAGCCGGCGGGCUUACGAGCAGUACGUGGAAUCGCCUCGACUCCCGCCGCUCGUCUUCAAGCUCAACAGCCACAAGCCGGACCACAUCUGCCACGGUAUAGACGUGGUGCGGUGCCGCAAGAACGGCCUGGCCCAUGCCAAGUUCCCGGCGCCCAUCUUCUGCCCCAAGGACAACGUGGAGCAAGCCCGCGAAGGGCACCUGGCGGACCUGACCUACGUGAGGCUUCGGGCGUUGGGCGGCGUUCAAGCAGCUCCCCUAUGUGGGCCAGGGCUGGUACGCCAAGCCUACAUGCUGGACAAAGGCCUUGCCACCUGGCGCGACUUCGUGCACAGCCUGGACGCCACGGCGCACGUGGACCAGGAGUCCGUGGCUCAGGCCCUGCAGAAAAUGGAGGCGGCUUGGCCGGAGGGAGAGGAGCACUACGCGAAGCUGUCGGUGAAUGCCCUCAUCGGGCUCUGGGCACGCAACAUGAACCUCAUCUACACCAUGCGCACCAGCAACCACCAGUUCGACGGCUCCGGGUGCCAGCACCGGGAGCUGUUCCUGGACGCCGCGGGUGGGAUGCACUGGGAUCACAUCUACGUGACCCAGUUGUUGUCCAACCGGAGCUGCCGGCUCGUGCACGACUUCGUGAUGGCCUCGGAGUACGUCGCCGUCUCCAGAACCCGGGAUGCACUCGCAACCGUGCCGUCGAGGUACCUGAAGGCCGUCAAAACGGACUGCGUCGUCUUCCAGGACCUGCCCAAAAAGUUCCAGGGCCUCGUGGAUGGCUUGGUGCGGGAAAGGCACCCCGACGGCACGCCCGUGUACCGAUGCGAGGAGGCGGAGACGGCCGACCACUGGGUGCGGAGCACCGUCCGGAACGGCUACUGCAACAUCGACUGGCUGGUGGCGGAGGAAAUCACGCAGCUCGACACCGGGCUGUGGAACGAUAUCGCCUGCGUCUCCAUGAACCGCAAAGUCAAGUUCCUGCUGCUCGGCGACUUCCGCCAGUUCCCCGCCAUCAUGGACAACUUCGCGGGCACCCCGGUGCAGCGGGAGCUCAAGCACUCCCAGCUGCUCCACGACCUCACCGACGGCUGGCACCACGAGCUCACCAAAAACAUUAGGGGCGACCCGGGCAUCUUCGACUUCCUCCGGUGGCUCCGGGUCGACGAGCCCCGGGAGCAGUCCCUCCCGGAAGCAGUCCGGGCAGCCCGGGAAAAGUUUCCGCGGCAAGGCGAGCCCGAUGUCAGCCUGGUCAUCUCCCACGCGCCGGAAGCUGUGACGAUCGAGUACACCGGCACCGGCCCGACGACCACCAACAUGCCGCAGACCAUGCGGGUCUGGCCCGGCCUGAAGCUCAUCGGCGUCGGCGGCCGCGUGACCAAAGGCAUCUACGCACAUGUGGCCGAAGUGGGCCCCGAGAUGAUCGUCUUGGACGGCGGCGACUCCUUCACCCACACCGCCCUCCUGAAACACACCCGGCUGUGCCACGCCAUCACUUACGCCUCGUGUCAAGGCCUGACGCUCGAAGGGCGGGUCUUCCUGUGCGACACCGAGAGCCCGCACUUCACCCUCAAGCACGUCUAUGUGGGGAGCAGCAGGGCCACCAGCAGCGAGCUCCUGAGCGUCCGUCACUUCCAUCAGAAGCCCGCACUGGCCCGACAUGAGCCACACCUGGCGCAAAUCUGCGCGCACCUUGCAUUCCCGACCGGCCAGGUCGCCAGGAUCCUCCAGCGGCUGCUGGUCAGCGUCCCAGAAGUGGACUCGGGACAAAUCGACCUUGAGCUUGAUGAAGCUGUUCCCGCGGGAGGAGGUCUUAAGGCAGGACACGAAGCGACCCUCCACGUCCGACGCGGUGAGGCAGCGGCCGAAGAUUUUAGAGUCGUGGAGGCAUCGCUGGGUCAGCUGGCCCUUGAUGUCCUUCUCGAUCGCCUCCAGGUCUGCCUUGGCGGCCUCGUUCUGCUCGAGACACAGGGGGAGUCGCCGGGCUUCCGUCUCGCUGCCGUAGGGGCUGGGGUGCCACAAGAUGCGCAGCCACUCGUGCGACCGCCAGGCCUCCGCGCACACCGGGAAGAACUUGCCGCCACGCUGGUUGGUCGUAAGCUCACCGAGCUUGAGUACCGUUUUGGGCUCCAUCGCUCCUUCUUUUUUCACGACAAGAAAAAAAAUGCCGGCCACCGUCUCCACCGCGGAGUGCGUGGUGGCCCUGCUGGCGUGCUUGCUGGUCCUGUGGGCCUUUUCUUUUCCUUCAACAAAUGCCUUCGAGCCCGGGCACUUCGACAUGGUGUGGGCCUCGCCCUGUUCGCCCUCAAGAAGCGCCCCCGCAACCUGCCGGUCGGGGACGCCCUGGUGCUCAAGACGUUCGAGAUCAUCGACUACCUCAAGCCCAAGUGGUGGGCCAUCGAGAACCCGAGCACCGGGCGCCUGAAAACCCGCCCCUACACGCAAGGGCUGCACAUGGACCGGGUCACGUACUGCAAGUACGGCUUCCGGUACAAGAAGCCCACCGCGGUGUGGCACAACCUGCCCUGGACCCCCUCCCAGGGGCCCUGCCGCAAGGGAGACCGCUGCGAGGCCUUCCAAGGAACUCGUCACCCAGAGGCUGCGCAGCGAGGGCCCACCAAGGGGCGGCAGGGGAGCAACUCGCGGGACCAGCUCUACUCCAUCCCGCCCGUGCGUCUCUUCAAGACGCCUGAGUACUCUGUCAAGCAGCCGCCUGACCCCGUGGUUUGCAAGCCCCCCGCCAACGGAAUUUUAUGCGCUCCAUCGGCUUCCGGGAAGACCGUGCUUUUGGUGAGCAUGAUUUUGGAGCAGUACAGGGGCUGUUUUGAGCGCAUCUUUAUCUUCUCACCCUCGGUAGAGGUCGAUUCUGCCUGGCAGCCCGUUAAGGACUAUAUCCGAGACGAGCUGGGCGUGAAUACGGACCGGGAGCAGUGCUGGUGGGAGGAUUGGGACGAAGCGGCGCUGCGGAAGAUCAUCGCCGACCAGAAGCGCAUCACCCAGAAGAGCAAGGAGCUGGGCCUGAAGAAGCUGUACCAGGUUUUGGUCGUUCUAGAUGACCAUGCCGAUAAUCCUGCGGUGCACCGCAAGACGGGAGAUGGCGUUUUGGACACCCUGUUCAUCAGGGGCAGACAUUUUUGCAUCAACACCUGGGUCUCGACCCAGAAGCUUCGGCUCAUGAGCAGCGCGGUGCGGGUCAAUGUGAUGUUCUACUGCGUCUUCCGGCUGCGGAAUCAGCUAGAGCUGGACGCUUUGGUGGAGGAACUCUCGGCCAUGCUGCCGAAGGAAACCCUGUACUCGAUGUACGAAGAAGCCACGCGAGAGCCCUACAGCUUCUGGUUCGUUAACCUCCGCGCGCCCAAGGAAGACAUGUUUUGGGUGCGCUUCGACCGGAAGUUCUUGCUAAAUGGGGACGCUCCUGGCAUGACAAGUAUCUACGUGGACUCGCGCCUCCGCGCGGAGGGCACGGACAGCAGCUUCUCCUUCGACAUCGGUGAGAGUGUGCACAUUCAAUCCGGCGCCAACGCCUUCCUGAGCACGGACCGCGGGACGUUCUUGUACUGGGAGGACACGGUGGCCAGCACCCUGCACUACGCGGAGCUCCCGGUGGGCGCGUACACGGGCCCGAGACUUGCUGCGUGGAUCAGCAGCAACUUCGCUUCCGCCAGCUACACCGCCGAGACCAAUGAGUUGGACAUUAGCUGGGAUGGUGUGCGCCUCAUCCUGAACGACGCCGAGCUCCGGCAGCGCUUCCCAGGCUCUGUGCAGCGCUUCGUCUUUGUGACGAUGAGUCCGGUCUCAGAACUGUACCUCAGGUGCCCAACACUGGCCAACGGGGAGACGACGGUGGGCCCGUUGGGGCACGACAUCCUCUGCAAAAUCGUCGUUUCGAAAGGUGUGGGCCACGUCAUGGAGACCGAGACGUCAGAGGGGCACUGGGUUCAGCUGCACGGGCCCAUAACCCUGCGUCACUUGCGCUUCAAGCUCACCGACUACCAGGGCAACAUCGUAAACACUCGAGGUUCAAAGAACAAGGCGAAACCGCCCCCGACUGUGGCCGUGGCGGAGCUUCCGAAGCCCGUGUCUGAGCGACCUUCGGUUGAGCCGCCGACACCGGAGCCGCAGCAAGAGCCCCAGCAGGAGCGAGCACAAGAGCCCCUGCGUAUGACGCCCUCGGAGGCUCGCCGCGCCCGGCAGCUCUCGCGAGCCGACCGCUUCCAUGCCGCGAUGCUGCGGGCGUUUCACAAGCAGUAUCCCAGCUACAACUUGACGCCGCUGCUCUACAAGCGGCAGCAGCAAUUGAUCGAUGCUCGGGCCUUUUGCUUUGUGAACGCACCGUAA